AUGGUCAAAUUCGAGGAUCUUCCACCUGAACUGCUACUCGAGAUUGCCCGUCAAGUUCGAGGCAGGUGUCGCAACUCUGACUUAGCCAGUCUCUCACUCGUCUCCCGACAGCUUCGACCGAUCGCGCAAGAAUGCCUUCUCCAGGAGCCGCGGUUCAAGCUCGAGAAUAUUCAUCUGUUCAUGUUGGAGUUGAGUCGUCACUCCUGGGUCGUCCCGAGAAUCCGAGCCUUGGAGCUGUGCAGUACUGAUGAAGGCCGGAACCUGAAGCGCCACAAUUUUCAAGACUGUACUAAUGGUUCCUUUGCUGGACUCUCACAACGCUUGAUAGAUCGUGUCAUGAAUCAAGUCAAAUACUCGGCUGUGCCUUAUCCGCCAGAUCUCUGGGCCAAGCUUGAUCAGGCUGGGUGCGCAGACACCAUCAAGCGCUUCUCGAAGACAUUCAAGCAUGAGCGUCAGUGGAAUGUGGCAUUGAAGCACGACAUCGUACCGGCACUUCUAGGCAUGCUGCUAGUCAGUUUGCCGAAUUUGAAGGCUCUCCGAUGCGCCGCGGUGUGGCUCAUGGACUUUCCCAUCCUGAGCACUAUACUCAGCGCGGAGAUAAUCUCAGUUGUUCCUAACUCGUGGAAGCACAAGUGGCUCGAGGGCACGACAGACACGCUGGCAGAAAAGUUAGAAGAGUUCGAAGUUCCGGUGAACGACUCGCACAUGGACUUCGUGAGGCACCCUUCUGCGCUUUUCAACUUCUCUUCUUUCACAAAAUUGAAGAAGCUCAGCAUAUCUAUGGGGGCCAUCUACUAUCGUGAUCAACGUCCACUCUUGCCAUCACCUUGGCCGGUGCCGCUGCUCCCUCCGAAUCUCGAGAUACUCCGAAUCAGCGAGGGCACGGAGUCGACCGCACCGUUCGUCGAGGACUUGUGCAAGGUGAAGAAGGAAGGAAAGUCGUUGCAAGCACUCCACCGAAUCGAAAUCAUCUUCUCGCUACCAUACAACUUUACCGAGAUCACGCCGGCAACAUUGAAGACUGUGUGCUCAGAUGCGAUCAUUUCGCUCUCGCUUUACUUUCCGGGAUUCCCCAUAAUCACUCCCGAGGUAGACCGCAGUCUGUGGUCUCUCAAAGAGGAGCGUGUGAUGCCUCAUAUCACGUGGAAGGAAGACUAUAGACGCCACGGAUUCACCAAUGACCUGGCACGUCUUCGGGCUAUGGAGUGCUAUGAAUACGGACUGGGUAUGGACGAAGGGAUGGUAUUCGACACUGACGGCGAUAUGGAAUGGCCAGCGACUAGAGCACGAAGCCAAUAUAUUCCAAGGUAA